AUGCCCACUCGUGUGACUAGUUCUUCCGAAGCACUAAUUGAUGUGAUCUUAGCCUCAAAUCCGAAGCAAGUCAACGAAGUAAAAGUGUUUGAGAACUCAAUAAGUGAUCACGAAAUCAUUUACGCGAAGCUUCAACUGAAACCGGCUCGUCCCAAGCCUGUUUAUGUUACAACUAGAAGUUUUAAACAGUAUAACGCCAAUAAUUUUCAAUCAGAAGUUGCCCAAGCGCCGUGGUCAGUCGUCCUAGAUGUCUUUGAUGAUGUUGAAGAUAAACUUAAUGCAUUCAAUAUUUUAUUCAAUGAUUUGCUUGAUGAACAUGCUCCAUUGAAAACAAUUAAAAUUAGGGGGCGGCCAAACCCUUGUGUAACUAACGAAAUUCGGGAACUUAUGAAAACUAGAGACUCUUGGAAGAAGAAAGCUAAAAAAUCUAAAGAUCCUUAA